UUAAUUUCCGCAUAUCCGCGAAUAUCGAACGUCCAACAUCAAACCAACUUUAUUCCAGUCCCGAACAUGACUUCCAUUUCUGUUCUGGAUCACAUGGCGCAAAGCGAAAAAUACACAUUUGGGUGUUUUUUCCCCCCUGAAUAAUAUUGAUGUGACUGAUAAUUAUAGCGAACACGAGUCCUUCCUGGUCACAGCAUGGAAGAUAGUUGAGUUGGUCUAGCGAGUACCAGUGAGUUAUUUAUUGUAAGCGGAAAAGGUUUGAACCUUUUGUGAAGGAAACGGGCCUCUUUAUUCCUCUUUUUAACUUUAGCCGGGUAUUUUCCGCCGUUUUUUCUCCCCUCCACCUUCUGCCCCUCGCGCUCUCCAACGGUGAGUAGAAGCACGAGGCGCGCGCGGAGCGGCGGGAAUCGGCCCGAUGGCGGAGUUCGGUAAUGGAUUCGCGGAGGAAUCUCUGCUCGACUCAGACCCCGGUCACCCAGAGCCGGAAGAACCGGCUUUAGAUGAGGGAGAGGCCGCUAUUGAAGAUCUGGAGCUGGAGGCCAUUGAAGCCCGGGUGAGAGAGUUGGAGGAGGAAGCAGAGAAACUGAAGGAGCUCCAGAAUGAAGUGGAGAAACAGAUGAAUUUUAGUCCUCCUCCUGCUGGUCCUGUCAUCAUGUCCAUUGAAGAGAAGAUCGAAGCAGAUGGAAGAUCAAAUUAUGUUGGAAAUGUGGAUUAUGGAGCAACAGCCGAGGAGCUCGAAGCUCAUUUUCACGGCUGUGGCCCUGUUAACAGAGUCACUAUCCUGUGUGACAAAUUCACAGGACACCCAAAAGGGUGUAUGCCUCCUGAUUGUGUUUUAAAAGGCUCGGUAUUACAGCGGAUACACACCACCCAGAGGAAGAGGACGGGCCUUCAGGGGCCGAAGGCGAUCAACAUCGUGGUAUUCCCCUUACUCAUAACUCCCCACUGUCAUUUCCCCUUUUUACUGUCAUCCCUCCUUUCCCUGUUAAAAAAAAAAGAAAAUAACCCCUCAACAAAAGAAGAAAAAAAGACAAAAAAUACACAAAGAGGGAGAAAAUAGAAAAGAAAAGAGCAUCUUCCGGACAGAGAGACUUGACCGACAGUCUCCUAGUUCCAGUGACCGUUCCAAGAAGUUGGACAUCAGCUCGGGCACUUACCUGCAGUACAAUGUGCUCCGAGCAAACCGUCCAAUUCUUCCCAAACCAGUACAACUGGCAGUUCUGGAAAGUUCUCCGUCACCUGCCGCGGGUCAGCCAACAGCUUGUGAAACACUUAGAGGGAAAUGCGACGUGUGUAACAUAGAAUUGGAGUCCAGAGCCACUGCACGAGACCACGUUUUCUCUCCUCGGCAUCUUGCAACACUGAGAACCACUAACUUUGGUCAGUCGGCGAUGCAAAUUAGCAACGGAUCAGCUGGCAUUGUGAGCCAGGUUUCUUCGAGCUCACCAGCUAGCAGCACUAGCUAAGAAAUGAACUUCAGCUGCUUAAUUAAGUGGACCCUCUCGGCUCUUAUACUUUUAAUCGGCAGUGAAAAGGUGCUUGUUUUUAAAGCUAACGCUCUUUUAAUUCUGCACCAUUACAGUGGGCUUGAAUGAAGUCUCCACUUUUGGAUGUCAGCGAGAUUUGAUCCUAAACAGAACUUUAUUCCAAUGACUCGUUGCCACAUCAUUUCACUAAUAAUAAUCAAAUGAAUUGGUUAUACUGGACAUGUAAAUGCUUAUGUUGUAACGGUCUUGUUUUAUGUCUUUCACUGCUUCGUCUCUGUUUUAUAUCAGUUUCUUUUGUGCUUGUUUAUUAUCCUUUCUUGCUAAUUUGAAACACUGGCUGUUUGGGGGGAAAAAUCUAGUAACAGGCCACCUGAAACUCAUCAAAGGUUAUUCAGUCAUGUUACAUACAUGGUACUGCUUUUGCUUGAGCCUGAAUGGUGUUUUAAUUCAGAAUUCAUAUAUUUGGAUCAAAUUCUAUUCGAUUUAUUGAACGUCGUCAGUGGGAGGUUUUUGUUUUUAUUUGACUGACAAAGUGAAAAAGAUGAUGGGUGUAUCAAAAAUCUCCAAGUAGCUGAUGGAAGUUUUUAAGUCGGUAGGCAAGUGUCGAUACUAAAAUGUCACGACAAUUGCUUUUUAGCACAUUUUACAAUAUUAUCGCAAUAUAGAAUCAGAAAAAAGCUUUUGAACAUUUUAGGCUGUUGUGGAAUUCUAGUGAACAGAAUUAUGGGAUACAUGCAAUGCCACUUCAGAUUUGCUCAGAAUAAAGGCCCUUAGAAGA